CUCCGCGGAGCCGGGCGCGUUCAGAAGCGGCUGGCAUUGUCGGGUGUGUCCUGGUCUUGCGGUGACUCGACGUGAUUGGCCUCGGUGUCCUUGUGUUCGCUAGCAGGUCAAAAUGCAGAUCUUCGUGAAGACCUUGACCGGCAAGACCAUCACCCUGGAGGUGGAGCCCAGUGACACCAUCGAAAAUGUGAAGGCCAAGAUCCAAGAUAAAGAGGGCAUCCCCCCCGACCAGCAGAGGCUCAUCUUUGCCGGCAAGCAGCUGGAAGAUGGCCGCACUCUUUCUGAUUACAACAUCCAGAAAGAGUCCACUCUCCAUCUGGUUCUCCGUCUGAGGGGUGGCUGUUAAUUAUUCAGUCUUGAAAUUCAUAGUGCCCAAUGAUGGCAUCGCUCUGCACUCUAGCCAUUUGCCCCAAUUUAAGUUUAGAAAUUACCAGUUUCAGUAACUGCUGAAUCACUGGUUUUCUCAAUAGCUGUUCAAAAUGUUAAUAAAAGUUUUGUUGCAUGGUAGCAUA